CACUUGACCGUGGGUUCGUCUUCGGCUCGAUGACCUAACUGUUCCUUAGCCUUAGGAAUAGGUCUUCCACCAGUUUUUUUCGUUGACGUGUCAGACGUUUGUAUUUGACUUCGGAGUGUUUUCUAUUGAUUGAAUUACGUCUCGAUUGUUGUUGUUCACGUAGCUUUCUUAAUGGAUGUCAAUGCAGCUGCUAAGUCAUAUUUCAAGCGAAUCUUUCAGGAAGUUUCAGGAUUAAAAGUAGUUCUUCUUGAUAAAGAAACAAUUUCAAUUGUCUCUUCCUGUUUAACACAGACUGAGCUUCUUGAAAAUCAGGUUUAUUUAACAGAAGUACUCGAAAAUCAAAGGGAAAAUGUUCGUCAUUUAAAAUGCGUUGCUUUUAUACGUCCUACGAAACUUCAUAUAAGACUUUUGUGCGAAGAAAUUCGGAACCCAAAGUAUGCUGAGUAUCAUCUUUAUUUUACAAAUAUUGUGAGCAGAAGUCUCCUGGAAAGAAUUGCAGAAUCCGAUGACUUUGAAGCGGUUAAAAGUGUACAGGAGUAUUUCUUAGAUUACGAAGUUGUCAACUCGGACUUUGCUUCCUUUGCUAUGCCUCACGUAUUAGGAACGGCUAAAGAUACUUGGGAUGAAAACGCUCUUGAACGAGUGCAUCAGGGUGUCGUUUCCUUACUCUUGUCUUUGAAGAAGAAUCCCGUAAUUCGUUAUGAUGCAAAUAGUGACAUGUGUUUAAAACUCGCUGGACAGAUUUCGUAUACUAUACAACAGGAACUCCAGCUAUUUAACUUCCGGAAGUCUGAUGUCGAUCCACUACUUCUAAUCCUAGACCGCAAAAAUGAUCCAGUAACACCAUUAUUAAUGCAAUGGACAUAUCAGGCAAUGGUCCAUGAUUUAUUUGGUAUCCAGAAUGGACGAGUGACACUCCCAAAUACCUCGGACGCUUCACAAGAACCACAAGAAUUUGUUUUGAAUCCAUUUCAAGACAACUUCUAUCAGGAAACAAUGCUCAAUAACUUUGGAGACCUUGGUAUAAAGAUUAAGAAUUAUGUUUCUCAAUUACAAUCCAAAUCCUCUAAAAAGGCCAGCGAUAUCGAAACUAUUGAUGACAUGAAACAGUUUCUGGAAGCUUAUCCUGAUUAUAAAAAACUCUCCGGAAAUGUGUCCAAGCAUGUGGCACUUCUGAGUGAACUAUCUAAUCGCGUACAACAUGACAACUUGUUGGAAUUGGGCGAGUUAGAACAGAGUUUGGCAUGCAAUGACUCUCAGUCUAGUGAUUUCACGGCUAUUCAAGCUGCAUUAAUGUCUACCGUACCUGACACCCUGAAGCUGUGUCUGGUUUGUCUCUAUGCUCUUCGUUAUGAAAAAGAUUUUCCAGGUAAUGUUAAAACUUUACAAGCGCUAUUAGUCGCGAAUCUCUCAAACCCUAUGUCGGCUUCCUGCGUUCCUGUUUUACUCAGUUUGUGUGGUAAACAAGCGAGACAAGAUGAGAUAUUUCCUUCCUCCAAUAUCUUUUCAAAAGCCGCUAGAAGUGGACUCCACGGUCUUCGGGGAGUUGAAAACGUUUAUACGCAGCAUGUUCCUUUCCUUAAAGUCAUCUUAACCGAUAUAUUAAAUGGAAAACCUCGGACAGCCACUCAGCCCUAUGCCUCUACUGUUAACACCGCUAUAAUUAAGAAACCACAAGAUAUCAUUGUUGUCAUUGUUGGCGGCGCUACUUUUGAAGAAGCAAAAAUUGUUUCCGAACUUAAUGCUGCUCAAAAUGGUACUCGAAUUGUUUUGGCUAGUAAUGCGGUAUUAAACUGCAACAUGUUUGUUAAUGAUUUACUUCGCUCAGCGCAAACCAUUGGGAAUGAAUAGAACCCUGUAACGAAUUUAAGAUUUUGACGCUACUUACCCGCAUAUUAUUAUGAAACGAAAUAAAGUCGCUUUUAAUUCUCUGUAGACACGAGCUCGUCUAUUGUUCUACCCACCUAGAAAACCGCGACCAGUCAUUGACAAAAUUUUUGUAGACCACUCUCGAUGAUGCAUCGAGUGCUGCAUUGAUGCUUUCCUUUUCAUGAGUGGACAAGUUCUCAUAGAUAGCAUUAAAUCCAGGAAGGAGUGCUUCUUUUAUGUCCGGUGAAUAAGUGUACCAUAUUUGAUAGUUCAUGAAUUCAAGCAAAAGGAAAAGGAAAUGCUUGGCUGAAGCUUUUGUAAAUAAUUUGUCUGCAUUCGAUAAAACAGAGCUACCUCAUUAGUGAAAGCACUAUUUUUGGGAAGCCAUUUAAAGCGUCCCUGUUCUUUUUGAGAUUUCUGAUCAUUUUGAGUCCGAGUAAAGGAGACAAGGAAACCUUUUAGUACAGCAAACAGAACGUGGAAUCGUCCAUUAAUAUACGAUCUGUGAUUGUAGAGAAGACCUGUCAAAAUUGAAAUGAGCUCUAAAGCGAACUCAUUUGAGUUAACCAAAAUUGGUCCUUUGUAUCGAUUACCACAAAAGUAACUAAGUGAAAGAAGAAGAUGGUUCAUGCCUGUAUGAUUUAAGCUUUUGAUAGGCAUGUGUGCAUAAAUUUUAAUAAUUUUUAAUACGCAGAAAAGAGAUGGUUCCGAGAGUGAAACGUUUUUCAAAAGAAUUUGUGAAAGUGUAUGAAGAAUAUCCGAGGAAACCGUUGCAGUUUCCGUAUAAGGUAUUUCUGCUAAUUGCGCCAGUAGCAACAAAACUCUUAGAAUCGAGGAAAGCGGUAUUGCCAGCUCGUUUGGCGCAUGCGCAAUGUGUGUGCAAAGGGAAACCGUUUGCUUUAGGAGACAAAUGUUCUCUUCAUCUGUCCGACCUUGUAACAUAAAGCGAAUAUCCGAAUCACUUAACAAGAGCACCUCAUUCUCUUUGGAGAAAGCCGCCAAAUACGCUAAACAUCUAAGACAAUCAUCAACAGAGUUUGCGGUUAAAGCAACCAAAGAUAUCCACAUCGGAAAAACAUCAUCUUCUGUCGAUUGAUCGAUAUACUUCAUAAUCACAAGCUCGAUUUGAUUUCGCAAAUUAGAAAGACGUUUCAUCAAUGAAUCAUCUGAUACACUUAAACGGACAAGGUUUAUGCAUGAACCAAGAUAGUAUUUAGUAUAAGCUUUGGAGACUUCAUCUCCGUCAGCACAUGGUUUAGUGGCAUGGAAUAGAAACUCUGCCCCCUCAUUUAACAUAGGGGGAAAGAUUUUGUCAUCAGACAAUGUUUUUUGUAUCACAUUCGCAUGUGAAAAGAAAAGACUAAGAAAGAGUAAACAGCCAACGGAGCUAGAAGUCAUACUAAAAACUUUUCGUAUACUCGGACUCAACACAUUGGCUGUGGAAACUGUAAACCAGUGACCAAGGAUUUCCGAGGUACCUGGUAAAAGCGAUAUAUGAUUGUUUGCGGUUUCAACAAGUCUCAUAAUAUAGCCUUCCAUUUUUAAGGUUUCCCAGGCGAUGGUAAGUUUGGAAAGGGCAAAAAUUGCCUUUCGAAGAGAUUUCAUGAGAGCAACGUCUUUUUCAAGUUCAGCUGCCAAAUCGUAUAGUGCAAAUGCAUUUAAGAAGCGAGACCGGUUCCCCUUUUUAAUGGAUUCAAUAGGUAUGAACUUUAGCAAGUUUAAGAUGAACUUCGCAUGGUAAAUAGUCUUUAAUUGUGUGAGGAACGACCAAUUUCCUGAAAAAACUUGUGAACACUCUUCAUUCAUGUAAGAAGAAAAUUCCCCUUGUACCAUGAAUUUUAUCAUCGCCUGCUGAAAUGCGGCACAUACAGAUGGCUGCUCGUAAACUUCUGAAGACGCAAGCAUUCGCAACAGAAUGCAUGUAUAUGAGGAAGUUGAGGACUUGUCAAUGUCUCCGCUUUCCAAAAAGGACUGUUCCAACAAAAAUCCAAACCAAGUUUGCAAAUCCAGGUGCUUUUCAUAAGUUUCAAAAAUUUUUAACCAACGACUCGUCAUAGUUAAAAAUAUCGCUUUUGAAGCACUUUAGUACUUCAGCAAAUUCUUCAGUG